AUGAAUUUUGACCUGCCUGCCCCCUUAGUCGCCCACCUUGACUCCCUUGACAAGUUCAUCAACUCGACCAUCCUUCCUCUCCAACACUCCGGAGACAACAACCGUUUUUUGAUCAUCGGCGCGAGCAAAGCCCGCCAUCUCGCGGACGAAGCCGGAUUCUUCCGCUUUGCUCUCCCCAAAAUCUACGGUGGACAAGGCCACCCCGAUACCAACCUAUGGAUGUCCGCUACGCGCUUCCACAUGGCCUCACACCCCACGUACGGCGGGGGUCUAGGGCUCGCCAAUGACCUGCAGAACGAACACAGCAUCAUUGGAAAUUUCCCGGAUGUCCUCAUGCUUCACCACUUCGGCACCGCAGAGCAAAAACGUACCCUCAUCCCCGCGCGACUUCGCGGAGAAUUCCGCACCACCUUCGGCCUCACCGAGCCCGACCACGGCAGCGACGCGACCUUCAUGUCGACGACGGCGACGCGUGUUCCAGGCGGGUUCAAAAUCAAUGGCGCAAAGAAGUGGCAGACGGGCGCGCAUCACUGCACCCAUAUGAUCAUCUUCGCGAGGACAUCUGGCCGGGAUGGAUCGGCGAAGGGCAUCACGGCAUUCCUGGUUCCCCGGGAGACAGAAGGGGUGGAGAUUGCGAGCUAUGAGUGGACGUUUAAUAUGCCCACAGACCACGCGACGGUGACUUUGAACGAGGUCUGGGUGCCCGAGUCGGCGGUUCUCGGGGUCGUCGACCAAGGGUUGGCGAUUGCGCAGACCUUUGUGCAUGAGAACCGCAUCCGACAGGCGGCGAGCUCGUGCGGAGCGGCCAAGUUUUGUCUCGAACGUGCCAUUGAGCGCGCACGCAGUCGGACCAUCUGGGGGGAGGGAAAGAAGUUGGCAGAUCACCAGGCGGUGCAGUUUCCGGUUGUCGAGCUCAUGACACAGGUGGAGAUGUUGCGGUUGUUGAUUCUGAAGACGAGUUGGGACAUGGAUCGCGUAGUGGCUGAGUCAACGGAUCAGGCGUGGAUUGCGAUCGAGAGGCAGUUGAGUGAUAAAGUGGCCAUGUGUAAUUUCUGGGCGAAUCGGUUGUGCUGCCAGGCCGCCGAUCAAGCGAUUCAGAUUCAUGGUGGUGAUGGGUACUCGCGCCACUAUCCCUUCGAACACAUCUAUCGACAUUUCCGCCGCUAUCGUAUCACGGAAGGUGCAGAGGAAAUCCAGAUCCGCAAGGUCGCAGCGUAUUUGUUUGGAUUUAAGGGAGAGGCUGGGCGUGGAAAGGGAAAGACAAAGCUGUAG